UAUCCUGGUUUGUUGCACCCCUUCUUCUGGAUUGGCUCCACCACCACCGACCCACGUGACCCAAUCGUGACUGCUGUGCCCACAAUAUUCUUCCACCGGGCCUUUCCUUGAGCAGUGCUGGGAACCAGAUGGUGCCCAACAAACUCCCCGAAAACACAGGCGGCCACGGAAAGGCCACCUCCUUGCCAGAUUUUGAAGGGUUGCCAUCUUAGCUUGUUGGUGGGAUACACGAUCUCAGCCGCUGGGGCUUCAGAGGCAGGGACGCGCAACCAUGAAGCUGAAUGAAAGGAGCCUCUCCUUCUACGCCACCUGCGCCUCCCCGGCCGACCACGUCGGCUUCCUGCACAAGAAGGGCGAGCGGAACACGGCCUACCACCGGCGCUGGUUCGUGCUGAGGGGGAACAUGCUCUUCUACUUUGAGGAGCGGGAGAGCCGAGAGCCCGUGGGCGUCAUCGUUCUGGAGGGCUGCACGGUGGAGCUGUGCCAGGCCAGCGAGGAGUUCGCCUUCGCCAUCCGGUUCGACGGCCCCAAGUCCCGCACCUACGUGCUGGCGGCUGAGAGCCAGCCCGCCCUGGAGCGCUGGGUCAAGGCGCUCUCCAGAGCCAGCUUCGACUACCUGCGCCUGGUGGUGAGAGAGCUGGAGAAGCAGCUGGAAGAGAUGCAGGCGGCCGUCCCGGGCGCCCAGCCGGGCCCGAGACGGCAGCGGCUGCUGCAUCGCAAAAACAAAACAGCUCCCAAUUUGGAACUGGCUGCCCUGCCGCGGGAGAAGCCAGCCCUGCCCGUUGGCAUCCCCGGGAAAGAGAACGGCUGUGCCUUAUGGAAUAACUCGGAGGCCUCGGCCAGCUGGUCUCCUGCUUGCAGAGAGGCAAACUCUUAUGGCACAGCCAAGAGCUACGACGGAGGGCUCAAACCGCCACCGUUGCCCCCUCGUAGGCGGUCACUGCCGAGCAGCUCCGGUGGGCUGAGCUCAGACAGCCCACCGUCUCCGAGUGGCGUGUGUUUCUCCCAAUUGCAUGGUUGGUACGGCCAGGAGAUCGUGGCGUUGCAGAAGGCCUGGCUGGAGGGCCAGAAGGGGAAGGAGAGCAGCCUUUGAAACCCCCCAGGGGUGGAGAGGCGCUUCCUGGAAAAACUGAACCGCCUGAGGCUCAGCCACUCUUGGAAAACCCAGCAAGGCCGUCUGGCAGAUGAGACUCCGGGAAACUUUGGUCUGCCGAUAGCCCCCUUCUGUGAUUCAUGGAAAAGUCAUGGCCGGUGCCAGCUCACAUUCCUCCAAACCCCCCACCCUCCUCGCCAGGCCAAACUUUCUAGUUCCUGGAGGCCUCCACCGUUAAGGGAUCGCGACGAGAUGUUGUUGGAAACCGGAAAAGGGUUUUCCUCUGGAAACACUCACAGCCCCAGGAAGCAAAGUAACCGAAGUGAGCCAGGAGCCUCUUUCGAUCCCUGGACGCACAGAGGGUCGUUUCAAGUCGGUCCUCGGAGCAGAGAGGAGGACGACCGUUUGCAGAAGCCCCGGAGGACCGUGGAAGGGGUUGGGCUUGGCUCAACGGCUUCUCCAGGAAGACAGGUGCUCCUCCCCACCCAAUUCAGUUGAAGGAGGAGGAGGAAUUGUGGAUGUGCAGUAAAAGGAAUUGUGGGUGUGCAGUUCGAGAUUCUUGUCCGUUAGAAGGGGGACGAGAUCAGGUGAGAUCUCAGAAGUCACGAAGGCCAUAGGGGGGGCGGGGGGUCACCCUCUUGGAACUUAAACUCUCUCACAGGGUUGCUGGGGGGUUGGGAAUCCAGUGAGGAGGUCCGUGUAUACAAUAAACGGGGUGUACUCUUACAAUCAAGAAACGAAGGGACUGAAACACUUCGGCCGCCUCCUUCCAAAGGUGCAACACCAUCUUCUCUUUGCCUAACUAACUAACCCUUGUAGGCAUUUUCUUACCUGGAAGAGGAACCUCUUCGGCCGCCGCCGUUUAUAAUGGAGAGCUGCUUUCCCUGGAAAAUUUGCUUAGUUUAUUCGUUCUGCGGGACAGGAGUGGAUAAAAGCAGCUGUUAACUCGGAGGCCCAAACCUUGAGCGCAAUAAACGGGAGACAUCAGGCCGAGGUGUUAUAGAAUUUCUGUAUUUUCCUUUUUUAACGGCUCUUUACAGGACGUAAUAGGCCUUUUUUUCAGUAUUUAACAAACUCCGGUCAAUCUUGUAGAAAUUGUUUCAAAGUACAGUACAGGUGCCUAGAAAAAGGGGAACUGACGCACCUCGCCAGGUUCGAAUACAACCGGUCUCUCUCAAGGGUGGAGAACUUAAGUGCUUCGUUAAAAAGAAGAACAGUCCUUUCCCAUUAAAACUAAUCUCGAGCCUUUGGUGAAGAAGAAUCCCUGGAUCCCACUCCACAUUUUAUUUGGAUAGAUAGAAGUUGAAUUUGUUCAGGGGUUUCUAGGCAAAUGACAUUUCCAGGUUCUUUCGGCGGAUAGACCAAACUGGGUGAAAUAAGGAACAUUAAAUAUAUAAAAAUACUUUCAGUUCUGAUUUUAAAAAUGCACAUAAUGGGAAGGCCAAACAUAUAUAUUUUUGGGGUGUGGGGGAGGUAACUGGUUUCUCUUUCCCUGUUUGUAAAUUAGAUUCAAAAGGGUUUUUAUCGCAUCUGUGGGAACAAAUCAAUGGCUGGGUGAAAAGCUUGAGGAGAUCACUCCAUUAAAAGCAGGAGAAGAAGACAGGGCCACCGUUAGGGUCUCUUCUCUUCAAAUAAUGAAAACAUCUGGUGGGAGACUUCCAUCGAAGGAAGAAACCUGCUAGGUCGAAGACAGUCCCAUCAGCUCUUCACCUAGUUUGGAGAUAAAAGUCAAGUGGAUGGGAAUUACUUAAAUAAUCCAGGACCAGCUUCCUCCCCAGACUGGCUAUUUCCCUCCUUCCUUCCUUUCUGGCAUGGAAGAGGGAUCCAGAGAAGGCCUUGGGAAGCGGAGAAGAGGAGGAAGAGGGCCUGGAUUUAAUCUUCACCUUUUCUCCCAAGCUUUGAAUUAACAUGGGUGGGGUGGUGAAUUCAUACCAUUAUUAUUAAAUGUAUUUGCUGCUACUCCAAGGGGAAAACAUUUCUAUUCUGUUUUACUGCUCCGGGUCAAAAAAACGUGUCAAAAUAUCUGCUUUCCUCCAGACCUGAAAUGUUGAACUAAGCAGGCAGGGACUAUUUUCAUGCUUUUUUAAAAAAAAAAGUGUCGUAAUUCUCUUUAAAGCAGGGGUGUCCAACCUUGGCCCCUUUAAGACUUGUGGACGUCAACUCCCAGAAUUCCUCAGCCAGCUUGGAAGUUGAAUUUCCACAAGUUUUAAAGUGGCCAAGGUUGGACGCCCCUGCUUGGAAGUCUUCUCUGGCAGAAACCAGAGUCGUAACAGAUGGUUCCAUUUAGCAAAUGCACCUUUUUUUAAACUAAAGGAUGCUUUGUAGGGGGGGGGGGGGAAAAAACCCCUUUCUGGAUGGGAUUGUAAAGGCGAGAAAGUCAUUCUCUGGAAUCGGGGUACCUCUUGUUCAACAAGGCCCUUGAAAACAUAUUUCCACACAAUAGCAUGCAACACCUCUCUCUUUUUUCUGUGUUGCCUCAAAAAGAAAGAAAGACAAAAAGGAAACAUACCACUCAAACUAAAUAGCAGACUCAAGAGGGCACCGCAGGUUCCAAAUUUAGAGUCUUCAUGGACUACAAGAGAAACGUUUCUUGACAGGUGGAGUAGAAGAAAGUAUUACAGACAAACGCAGCGUCUGCCAAUCAAGUUUAGUAACGUUUUGGUCAGUCUCAUAGUGCUUCUUGAUGGCUUGGAUCAAUGAGCCAAGGUUCCUAUUUUUUAAUUUAUUUUAAUUUUUUUUUUCUCUUUAAUCUCAUCCAGUGGCAAACUACAAGACUUUCAGUGGGCAUUUAAUGAUACAACUGAUACAGUUUAUCUUUUAAUAUCAAAGCAGCUUGAGCUGUUAAUAAAUUCCAAAGUUUCCUUUUAUUAAAAUAUCUAAAAGAGGUCUAUAAAUAUUAUUUUAAUAUUUUUUCCUUCUAAAAGUGUUCUCAGUUUGUUCCUGUGUGUCUGUUUUCACAUUUAAAACCCCCAAAAUUCGGUUUUAGGUUACCUUCGGAGCUAAGAAAGAGCAGCGAUCUCUCGCGUUCGAGAAAGUGCAGCUGAUUUUGUCUCUUCCUUAGACUUGAUGAAAUUAAUAAAAUAUGUGUGUUUGUGUGUUUUUAUAUAUAUAUAUAUAUAUAU